CUUUCUUUCAUUCGCGUACAAUCAGCGCUGGGGGUUCGCCGUUCCGUUGUUGGUGCCACCACCUUUCUCUAUUCGCUGUUUUGCGCAUGAAGUUAGCGAACAUGGUUUAUUAUCUUUCCUGCACCAACAAUCAUAAUUAAGUACCUAUUGGUGUAAGAGGCGUUUUCAAGGCUGAUUGAUCAGUGUCGUUCUAAGACGUACUUCACAAGAGGAGCGAUAGUAUCAGUUUGCGUGUCAAUAUAUCAUACGCACGUGUUGCAGCCUAGAGUGCACCAAGAAUGCUUUUCAACGAUGACCUGCCAAACACCAUCACGUGGUCUCCAGCGGAUCUUAUCGAGGCGCGCAACUUCGAUGACGAGCUGGCCGUUGUGCUGUUGAACCGACCGAUACUGCUGCAUAAGGAUUACUUUAGAACAAUAUGGAAUACUGCCAAGGUGAGAGUUACAGUCGAUGGAGGGACAAAUAGAUGGGUGGAUUUCGUUAAGGGGCACAUCGGACCUGACGAACAGCUGAAAGCGCCGGAUUUGGUGACGGGUGAUUUUGAUUCUUGUACGGAUGAAUCCAUGUCUUAUGUCACUCGUCUGAAUUGUAGGAUUAUCAAAACGCCCGAUCAGAAUGCAACCGACUUCACCAAAUCGCUAAUGGCCCUCCAGAGCACGGGCUACGCUAGCGAAAUAAGCCGCGUAUUGGUGCUGUGCGAAAGUUCCGGACGAUUGGAUCAGAUCAUGGCCAAUAUCAACACACUAUUCCUAGCGCGGAAAAUCCUGCCCGAAACGCCUGUAUUCCUACGGUCUAGCAACUCGCUCAGUUGGCUGCUCCCAGCGGGAAGUCACCUCAUCAACAUUCCUCCUCGGUUGCUUAACGAACGCAUCUGGUGCUCCCUGAUACCGGUUGGAUAUCGAGCUGUCUGCAGCACCAGCGGUCUACGUUGGAAUCUGGACAACCAAGUGACGGAAUUCGGUACUCUGGUUAGCACGUCAAACACCUACGCGGAACUGGAGGUCGGAAUCAAGACAGACAGCGCCCUCCUCUGGUGCAUGGGGACGUCGCCCAAGGAUAUGUGAUAGACGGUGUUUUGCGUGGAACCAAGUUCAAUGUAGGAUUGUAAAUCGACUAGUAUUUGCCUUACUGUUAAAAUCGUGCGACAAAACGUGACUUCUCUUGUGAGGGAUUUAAUUUUGGUGCUUGAGUUCUGGCCGUAGGUACUUUGUCUUGUUUUAUGUUUCAUUGUUAUUUAAAAGGAUACAAAUAGAGCAAUUGAAAAAGAUUA